AUGCAUAACGCGAGCCACCGCCUGGCAGAGAACGAGAGCGAGCCUCAGCUGCCCGACCCACACACGGAUUUACCCGCCACUCGCGCACUCAUCGGCUGCGUCCUCUCCCUGCUCAUCCUUUGGACCCUACUGGGAAACUUCACGGUGUGCGCCGCGGUUCUGCGUUACCGGCACCUGCGCGCCAAAGUCACCAACAUCUUCAUUGUGUCUCUGGCGCUGUCGGACCUCCUCGUGGCGCUGCUUGUGAUGCCGUGGAAGGUAACGUCUUGUAAUCAAUUGAUUUAUAAAUAAUUGAUUGAAAAUGGAUUGAUAACAUAUUGAUAUUAUGAUUGCCUAGAAAAAUGAUAUCAGUGUCUCAAUUCUCAUUCACUCAAUGUGGUUUUUAAAUCGGUAUUUGUUUUGUCAGUUGUAUUAUUGUGGAGUGACACUAAAAUAAACGUUCUCUCUGUCUCUCUCUCUCUUUCUCUCUCCUUCACUCUUUCUCUCUCUCUUUCCAAGGCGGCGGCAGAGGUGGUGGGGUUCUGGCCCUUCGGUGCGUUCUGUGACACCUGGGUGGCGAGCGACAUCAUGUGUUCCACGGCGUCCAUCUUGAAUCUGUGCAUGAUCAGCGUGGACCGCUACUGGGCGAUAUCCAGCCCGUUCCGUUACGAGAGGAAGAUGAACCGCCGCGUGGCCUUCGUCAUGGUCGGCGUGACCUGGACGGUCUCCGUGGUGAUAUCAUUCGUGCCCGUUCAGCUCCACUGGCACCGGGCUGGGAUUGCCGGAAUCACCGGGAGCGGUGACGAAUUUACCCGGGACGUUACCGGAUAUAACGUCAGCGGGGUACGUCAACUCCACGGGGCGGAGGAGGCGAACGGCGGCGUUGUCGAACACUGGAACUGCGACUCAAGUCUGAGUCGGACUUACGCCAUCUCCUCCUCGUUAAUCAGUUUCUAUAUCCCCGUGGUGAUCAUGGUCGUCACCUACACACGUAUCUACCGUAUCGCCCAGGUCCAGAUACGCAGGAUAUCCUCUCUGGAGCGAGCCGCGGAGCACGCACAGAACUGCCGCUCAGACCCAUACGUGGCUGUGGAUGCAGACGGGCACGUGCACGCUUUCCACCAUCAUCAUCAUCAUCAUCCUCCUCGCUCUAAACACCGCUGCUCCAUCUUUCACCAAACCACCAAAUCCCCAAAACACCACCAUCAUCAUCAUCAUCCUGAUCUUCCUCCCCCACAGCGGGCCCUGAGGUACUCCAUUAGGAAGGAGACCAAGGUUCUGAAGACUCUGUCUGUCAUCAUGGGGGUGUUCGUCUUCUGCUGGUUCCCGUUCUUCCUCCUCAACUGUGCCGUCCCCUUCUGCCCAGGUAGGCUAUCGUGAACUUUAAACUCAAAUACGUCAACGUAUUAUUCACUGUCACCUUGAAAGAACGUUCAGGUCGGCAACAUAAUUCCCCUUCAGUAUUUUUUAUUGAUGAUGUGUAUCGGGGCAAGCCCCUUGGUCAGGGCACAACAAGUGAACCUUCCCGAACCUUCUUUUUUAACACUUCAGUUUUACAUUCCCGUCCCAGACAAUAUUUGAACUCUUGGUUAAAGCGCCAGAACACUACAACUAUUUAUUAAUUAUCACUGAUCUGAGAGCAGCCCCCAGACACACGAUCCCUGUCUAACUCUCAUGCCCGUGUUCCCCCCCCCCACAGGUCCAGGUACAGCCUCUAGAACCUCGUCAGACCCUUCCCCCUCCUCCCAGCUGUACUGUGUCAGUGAAACCACCUUCGACGUCUUCGUGUGGUUCGGUUGGAGCAACUCUUCCUUAAACCCCAUUAUCUACGCCUUCAACACUGAGUUCCGCGAGGCGUUCCUCCGCUUGCUGGGUUGCCGUGGAGACAACGGGUGCUUCGGCGGCUGGACGACGAGCGCCACGCGCGUGGAGACCGUUGUCUUGGCGAGCAACGAGGCCGCCGGGACGGAGAAGAAGAACUCGCUCAACACAACUGAGAUGGGCGUGGCUUACGAUACCGGCUGUGGCGCCGGUAGGGGCAGUGUCACAUCUGGUGUAAUCCCCAACCCGGUUAGGGGGAUGGGCGCUACCGACACCGUUAAUUGACAGUAGAGGAGCUGUAACGGAGCCGGUGUGUGACUGUGAGGUGGAUCCGGUUAGAGGAAGAGGUGACAGCAGGACGCCACCGGCAACGUUAACGGACCGUAGAGGGACGAUAACGUUACCGGAGCCGGUGUGCGACUGUCCCACGGAGGAUUGUAAAACAGACAUAACGGAUAGGGAACGACGGACUCAGAUGAUCCCCUCACAUACUUUCUGA